AUGUCACCGGACGGCCAUCUCAUUUCGUCGACCCCAGGAGCCUUCAGGCUCCGCUGGGACGUCUUCCUGAACUUCAGAGGUGCCGAUACUCGUCGUUGCUUCACUACUCCCCUUUACAACGCCCUCGAAUCUCGCGGCGUUCGGGUUUUCCUUGACGACUUUGAACUGGAUCGCGGUAACAAGAUAGACCCGAGUCUGUUUGAUGCCAUAGAUGACUCGGCCGCUUCGAUUAUCAUCUUCUCCCCGAGAUAUGCUUCUUCUCAUUGGUGUCUGGAUGAGCUCGCAAAGAUUUGGAACUGCGGGAGACUGAUUCUGCCGGUCUUUUUCAACGUCGACCCGAGUCAUGUUCGGAAACAAGAGGGUCCAUUCAGAAGAUACUUCAAGAAACACGAAGCCGAGAGGAGCAAAGAAGAGGUAAGCAGAUGGAGGGAAGCUUUGAAGAAAGUAGGUGGAAUUGCUGGUUUCCCUUUCUGGUAUCCCAGGUCAUUUCUGUUACUGAGUACUCCUCUGUGUUGA